AUGCGCUUCACUGCUGUUCUCGCUCUCGGCGCCGCCGCCGUCGUCUCGGCCCAGUCCUCCACCACCAGUGCUUGGGCUCCCACCUCCUCUCAGGAGGUUUGCCUGAAGAACUGCAACGGCGACGUCAAAUGCUCGGCUCGCUGUGCCGGUGUCCCUUACCCCGACGAGAGUCAGGUCAACCAGACCACCGAGUGCUCGGCCAAGUGCCCCCAGGGUGACGGCAGCCCUGCCCAGACGGAGGAGUUCGCCAAGUGCCUGAAGGCCUGCAGCGACAAGUACUACUUCACUCCGGGAUCUGGCACUCCCGACAACGGCUCCUCCGGCAACUCUGGCAACUCUGGCUCCAGCGCCAGCAGCUCCGUCGCCGCCACAGCCUCUAGCGCCGCCUCCAGCGCUGCUUCGAGCGCCGCCUCCAGCGCCGCCUCCAGCGCCAGCUCCCAGGUCAGCGCCGCCUCUAGCUCUGCCUCCAGCUCGGCCGCCUCUGCUUCCCAGAGCGCCUCCAGGACCUCGGGCGGCUCCUCGGGCUCGUCGACCACCUCCGCCAGCUCGACCGCUUCCUCCACCCAGAACGCCGCCGCUGGCCUGACUGGUGUCUCCGCCGCCGGCCUCGGUCUCGUUGCUGCCCUCUUUGCUCUGUAA